UGCUAGUAGAUCACAAAACAAAAUUCUAAAAGUUACAUAACUCUAAUAGCUUCAAUAAACCAAAAGAAAUUCCAGCAAAUCGUUUUUACGACCGAACAAAGCAGAGCGAAACCCUUCUAGAAAUGAGAAGCUUUGCAAAUUGGAUAAUCUGCUUGGGUCUGUCCCUUUUAAUAUGGACCAUCUCUUACUACUCACAGAUGAUGGCUUUCCAAGUGGAAGCAGAGCAAAUGGAUGAGGAACUGCAGGACGCGUUUUCGGACACUUGCAAGAGCAGCUCCAUUGAUAUAUACUUACAUUUCUUUUGGAUCUUCGCAUGCAUAUACGCGCUGUCCAAGUUUACGGAGCUAUCGGAGCGCUACUUGAGCGCGAAGAUCGCUUCGAAGGAGCGCAGCUCGGAUAUGCGCGUCUUGAACGAGGAAUGGGAGAAGACGCUCAAGCUAUACGAACUGGAUAAGAAGCAAUUGGACGCUCAGCUGCAGGCGCUACGCGAAAAAAAUGGAGGCUUAGAGCAAUCGAUGCGAGAUCUACGGGAUUGCAAUUUGCAUUUGAUCAGUGAGAACUUUAUGCGCACUGUGCUGCAGGAUCAACAGAUUCAGGGCUUGGCUCAGCGUGUUCAGGAUCAACAACCCUCGAAUAUCUAUAUAACCAAUCGACAUAUUCACUUGACCCGACAGGUCUUUCUCAACGAUGGACAGGUCAGCCUCGAUCGUCAGUUGCGCAACGUGGGCGGACAGGAGCAAUCGCUAAACGUGUGGGUUCAAUACCUCAAGAUGCGCAAAUGUUACAUGGGGCCCAUAGCUGAUCCGAAGUUGGUGCUGAACAACUACACGGAGCAUAUGAUGCCCAUUGUCAUGACGACCGAGCAAUUGGCCAAAUUGCAGGGCAUGCUUUGACUUUUCUUUGUGAUAGUUUUGUUUGGUUUUUG